AUGGGAUGUGUUGUUGGUAGAGUGGUUGGGACUGAGUUUGGAACGGGUUGUAUUGUUGGUAGAGUGGAAGAAGAAGAUGAACAUGAAACUGAAGUUGACGACAUGGUCAAUGGAGAAUCUGAAGACGAGCAGCACAUAUCGGUGCCUCCGGAUCAUGUGUACGAACCUCCUGCACAUAUGACUAACUUGAACUUACAAGGUGACGAACCUUCAUCUGAUAUCUUCUUCAACCCAUACAUACAAAGUGAUGAAGUGUUAAAGACCAGAGAUAAGUUUCCAUCUAAGGAGGCAUGUCUGAGAACUAUUAAAAAAUGGCACAUGGCACGUAAUGUUGAUUUUACAGUAGAUCGCUCGAACCUAGAAAGAUAUAUAAUCAUUUAUAAAAAUCAUGAUGGUGCAUUCAGACUGUGUGCUUCGUAUAGGAAGAGAAGUGAUGCCUGGGUCAUAGGGUCGAUUUCACAACAACACACAUGUGUCAACUCUAAUAUGUGCCAAGAUCAUACGAAGCUUAGUUAUGAUCUUAUCUAUCAGGAGAUCUUGCCUCUUAUCAACGGUGACCCGUCUCUGAAGGUGAAAACGAUAAUCUCGCAUAUCGUUAUAGCAUACAACUAUACUCCAUCCUACAUAAAGGCUUGGAUAGCAAAAACAAAGGUCAUUCAAAUUGUGUACGGAAAUUGGGAGGGGUCAUUCAAAAAACUUCCACGUUACCUAACUACGCUUCAAACAUAUGCUCCUGACACCGUUUCUAUUCUAGAGACAUUGCCAGCGCAUGCCCUGGAUGGAACUCGUGUCCAAGGAAAUGAAAUAUUUCAUCGCCUUUUCUGGGCUUUCCAACCUUGCAUACGAGGGUUUUCAUAUUGUAAACCGAUACUGCAAAUUGAUGGAACUUGGUUAUGCGGUAAAUACAAAGGAACCAUGUUGAUGGUUGUUGCACAAGAUGGAAACAACAAUAUAUUUCGAGUAGCCUUCGCAAUAGUGGAAGGUGAAACUGCCGCGGGUUGGAGUUUCUUUCUAAGGAAUCUCCGAAAAUAUGUUGCUCCUCAACCUGAUCUUUGUUUAAUCUCUAAUAGGCAUGCUUCCAUUGAAAGUGCUUACAACAAUUCGGAUAACGGAUGGCAACACCCAUCAUCAACACAUGUAUACUGUAUUCGACAUAUUGCCCAGCAUUUCAUGCGGGAGAUUAAGGAUAGGCACCUCCGGAAGACACUAGUCAAUGCGGGAUAUACGUUAACUCAACCCACAUUCCAACAUUAUCAGAGUGAAAUUGUAAUGUCAAAUCCGGAUGCAGGAAGCUGGAUUGAUAACCUUUCAAGGGAGAAAUGGACUAGGGCUUAUGACAACAGCGUAAGAUGGGGCCACAUGACAACAAUUCUUGUGGAAUCCAUGAAUGAUGUCUUUAAGGGCAUUCAAAAGCUUCCUUUUACUGCACUGGUGGAAGUAACCUACUUUAGGAUGGCUUCGCUAUUCUCAUCAAGAGGUCAGAGGUGGUGUGUUGUUAAAGAAUCAGGACAAAUGUUCUGCGAGAGUUGCAUGAAAUUUUUGAAAGAACAAUCAUCAAAGGCCAACAAUCAUGACGUUACUGCUUUCGAUCGAUUCAACCGCACAUUCAGUGUUAGAUAA